GAGAGAGAGAGAGAGAGAGAGAGAGAGAGAGAGAGGGAGACAGCGAGAGAGAGAGAGAGAGAGAGAGAGAGAGAGAGAUUGAGAGAGACAGAGAAGAAGAACAGACGGACGGACAGACAGCACCGGGGAGGAUGGGCAGGCAGAGCCGUCGGUAGCGCUCUGUUUUCAGAGACGCAGCUCCAGGAUGAGUGUAGCGCUGCAGGACCUCCGGAACACUAUGUCCAGCUAUAAGCGAGCUACAUUUGACGAGGACGAUGUGUCGGACACUCCAGCUGAGGCGGCCUCGUCUCCUGACAGAGUGGAGGUGGGUUUCAGGAAGACAGGCGUGGACGUCCUCAGCAGGAGGACACAGCUGGAGCUUCUUCUCUCUCUGCUCUUAUUGGCUGCUCUUCUUGCUCUGAUUGUAUGUUUGCUGCUGCUCGGCCUCGGACUCAGCUCAGACAGUGGGCGUGGCCUCUGCCUGUCGGAGGUGUGUGUCACAGUGGCCAGUCAGAUCGUGGAGGCGAUGGACCGCGCUGUGGACCCCUGUCAGGACUUCUACCAGUUCUCCUGUGGAGGUUGGAUGAGGAAGAACCCGCUGCCGGACGGACGCUCGCGCUGGUCGACCUUCAACAGCAUCACGGAGCAGAACCAGGCGCUGCUCAAGCACCUGCUGGAGAACGGGACGUUUAACAGCAGCAGCGAGGCGGAGAGGAAGACUCAGUCCUACUACUUGUCUUGUCUCAACACCGUGAGGAUCGAGGACCUGGGAGCUCAGCCUCUCAUCGACCUCAUCGCCAAGAUCGGGGGCUGGAACAUGACGGGUCCCUGGGAGAAGGAGAACUUCAUGGAGGUCCUGAAGGUGGUUUCUGGUCCAUACAGAGCUCUGCCUUUCUUCAGCGUUGGAGUCGGAGCCGAUCCCAAGAACUCCAACAGCAACGUCAUCCAAGUCGACCAAUCAGGGCUUUCCCUUCCAUCCAGGGACUAUUACCUCAACAAGACGGCCAAUGAGAAGGUGCUGGUGGCGUACCUGGAGUACAUGGUGGAGCUGGGGAUACUGCUGGGUGGGGAGAGGAGCUCCACCCACAUUCAGAUGCAGCAGAUUCUGGACUUUGAGACGGCGCUCGCCAACAUCACCGUCCCACAGGACCAGAAACGAGACGACGAGAAGAUGUACCACAAGGUGACCAUUGCGGAACUACAGGUCCUGGCGCCGGCGGUGGACUGGUUGGACUUCCUGUCCUCCGCUCUGUCCCCUCUGGAGCUGAACGACACUGAGCCGGUGGUCCUGAACACCAGAGAGUUUGUCCAGCAUGUGUCCGAGCUCAUCAACAAGACAGACCGCAGCGUGUUGAAUAAUUACAUGAUGUGGACGCUGGUUCAGAAGAGCGUGGCCAGUCUGGAUCAGCGCUUCGAGAACGCUCAGGACAAACUGCUGGAGAGUCUCUAUGGAACCAAGAAGUCCUGCACCCCCCGCUGGCAGACAUGUAUUGCGUAUACUGACGACAAUCUGGGCUUCGCAUUGGGAGCGCUCUUUGUUAAGGCGACGUUCGACAAACACAGCAAAGAGAUCGCUGAGGAGAUGAUCAACGAGAUACGAUCAGCGUUCAAGGACGCUCUGGACCGACUCAUCUGGAUGGACGACCAGACCAGACAAGCUGCAAAGGAAAAGGCAGAUGCGAUCUACGAUAUGAUCGGAUUCCCAGAGUUUAUCUUGGACCCAAAAGAGCUGGAUGACGUUUAUGAUGGGUACGAGGUGUCAGACGACAGCUUCUUCCAGAACAUGUUGAACUUCAACAACUUCUCAGCUCGAGUGAUGGCCGACCAGCUGAGGAAGACUCCCAACAAAGACCAGUGGAGUAUGACUCCUCCCACAGUGAAUGCCUACUACAUGUCCACUAAGAACGGCAUCGUCUUCCCUGCUGGGAUCCUCCAAGCUCCUUUCUACGCCCACGACCACCCUAAGGCACUGAACUUUGGAGGAAUCGGGGUAGUGAUGGGUCACGAGCUCACUCACGCCUUCGAUGAUCAGGGUCGCGAGUACAAUAAAGAAGGAAACUUGAGGCCGUGGUGGCAGAACUCGUCUGUGGAGGCGUUUCGUCAGAGGACGGAGUGCAUGGUGGAUCAGUACAGUCGCUACACCGUCAACGGAGAACACGUCAAUGGAAAACAGACGCUGGGAGAAAACAUCGCUGACAACGGAGGCCUGAAGGCUGCGUACCAUGCCUAUCAGUCGUGGGUCCUGAGAAACGGAGAAGAAAAAAGACUUCCUGCCGUCAACCUGACCAAUGACCAGCUCUUCUUUGUGGGAUUUGCUCAGGUGUGGUGCUCGGUUCGGACACCAGAGAGCGCUCACGAGGGCCUGGUGACUGACACCCACAGCCCCCCCAGAUACAGAGUCAUCGGGACGCUCGCCAACUCCCCGGACUUCAGCCACCACUUCAGCUGUCCCACCGGGACGCCCAUGAACCCCGGGACGCGCUGUGAGGUCUGGUAGACAGACUGAAGGGGGGGGGGGGGGUACCUGAGUUGAUCUUUAGAUCAUUAGGAGCGUUCCAGGUGUUAACUUCAGUUUCAUACAAAUAUUAGAAAACUGUUUAUUAGACGAUCAGACGGCCUUCCUGUCUGGAAGAUAAACGACUCAGUGGACUUCACAUGAAGAGACAAGGAGGACUGAUGAAGAUGAUGAAGAUGAAGGUCGACAAGGUUUCUGCUUCAUCACCAUUAUUAUUAUUAUUAUUAAUGGGCUUUGGUUUGUGUGUUUGAGUGUGUUGUCGUAUGAAAGGUCUUUGUGAUUCUCUCUGUCGCUCUCUGAUGACAUCACUGUUACAUCACAACUCAUCGAUCCACAAACUCGUGUCUCAGUCAGAAACUUGAUUUGAAACUUUAAGGUGUAAAAAUUCAAACCUCAUGUGAGAGUAACAGAAACAUGAUCCAGGUUGAUCCAGGUGUGAUCCAGAUGUGACACAGGAGUGGUCCAGGAGUGGUCCAGGAGUGAUCCAGGUGUGAUCCAGGAGUGAUCCAGGUGUGAUCCAGGUGUGACACAGGAGUGAUCCAGGUGUGAUCCAGGUGUGAUCGAGGUGUGAGACAGGUGUGAUCCAGAUGUGACACAGGAGUGGUCCAGGAGUGGUCCAGGAGUGAUCCAGGUGUGAGACAGGUGUGAUCCAGAUGUGACACAGGAGUGGUCCAGGAGUGGUCCAGGAGUGAUCCAGGUGUGAUCCAGCCCCGUGAAACAGUCAAAGUGAAACAGGAGUAAAGAAGACAUGUCAGCCUCUCAGCCGGACGCCAUGUGAUGAUAUAAAACAGAAUUCUUAAAAUGUAAAUGUUAGCAUCCAUGUUUAUGUUGCAAAGCAACAGUGUACUUACAACCGAAAUAACUGAAUGUCAAACACAGACGACUUUACAUCGUGAGCACGAGCUGAAGGUCGUUAACACGUCACUGGUUUAGCAGCGGAGGUCACAACCUGAAAACACGUAAACAUGCGCAUUAGCAUGUUGAGCUACAGACGCUGAUGUGUUGUGUGGACGUUAAGGAGACAUGUCUCAGUCUGAACGUGUCUGUUACUCACACAAUCAUCUGACGACAUCGAAAAGUACUCAACACUAAAAAUCACCAAUCAUUUACCAAACAUCUUCAGAAUAUUAGUUUGGCUUAUGAAAACCUUUCAGCUUCAAAUUAAAAUGUUUCAGCUUUUUCAAUACACAUUGUGUUUUCUUUAUAUAUUAUAGGGUUGAAAUAUAAUAACAUUUUACUGUACACUUUAUACAGGUAGUCUAAAUUUACAGCUGGAUCAGCUGAAUCUGUUGAUUAAAGGUUUGAGGUUUGAAAAUGUAUAUAUUCCGUGUUAAUCGUCGUUAAAAUCAAAUCUCAUAUUUAUUUUUGCCUUUAAUUCCAAUGAGAUCAUUAAAAAGUUGCAGUAUUUUAGAAUCUCAGUGUAGGUGAUGUCUGACUGUCUUAUAUGCUAGUGUUGUCAUGGUAACCAGCAAUUAUUGUGUUUGUGCCAACAACAGUGAGGAACAGGAAACAGCCUUACAAUUUUACACCGAGACGUGAAUUUGGAAAGUUGCCUUAAAAAUGUAAGAAAACGCCUUAAAAAAUGAGGGGACCUCUGCAGCUGAUGUGACCUGUGGCCAUGAAGGUCAAAUCAAGUCAGGAUCAUUUUUCAGUGUAACCUCAGCGUUUGACCGUGUGAUGUCAGAGCGACUGUGAGGCGUUCAGGUCGACCUGAGUCACACCUGAUUCACCAAAACAGUGGAACUUCAUUUUAUCUUACGUUGGAGGCUGGAAGUAAAAUUGAUUUGUUUUAUUUCUUUAUCUGAAUUUUUUUUUUUUUGAACAGACAAGUCAUGUGCCACAUCUGUCACGUGAUCAGAACCACAACAGGAAACAGCAGAACCUGUAAAAAACGAUUAUUCACUGAAAGAAAAGUGGAACAUCAGUUUAAAGUCCCUGAGCCUUCGGGAGCCAGGAUCCUUUAGUGUCGUUGUUCACUGCAGGUACCUGACUGGGACAGCAGGUGGAGCUAUUAGCCUGUUCACCUGAAUUUCUCCCACUGACACAAACUGAUUAUUCAGAUAUGGAGGGGUGUGUGUGUGAUUUGUUUUUUGUUUACUAGAAGAUGAAGCUGCUUCCUGCCAAAGAUGUGUGUGUGUGUUUUAUGUUGUGAGGUCAGAGGUCACAUGUUGAGUUUCUCUCUGUGUGGACGACAUCAUCAAACCCGACAUGAAACGUCCCAGAAACGUAACAACAACAGACCUGAGAUCUGUCUAUUUGGUGGUGUUUGUCAGUGGAAUUGCAGAACAACGCAGACACACAGCAGAAUCUACUCUGGUUAUUGGACCAAGGUCAAAGGUCAAGGUCCUGACACAGUUUCAUGUAAUAUGUUUGAAUGUGUGUGGGUGUGUGUGUGUGUGUGCUUCAGGGGUCAAAGUUGUAUAGUAAUGUAUGUGUAUAGUAGUCGACUGUAGAUCUGAUGUAGAUUAAACUCUUCGUCUCCACCUCUGUCCUUUGGGAGACGGCAUCGCUCUGCUUGUCCAAUCAGAGAGCAGCUCUUGUCGGAGGCAGAUGUUUCACAGAUGAUUACGGACGCUUUAGAAACAUGCGAAACAAGAGAAGUGAUUCACAACAUCUGCUUGUAUCUGUUGUCUGCUGCCCUUCAAAAUAAAAUAUAUUUCGUCUGCUGCCAUUUAAAGAAAGGUUUUGUCAUCUGCUGCCUUUCAAAAUAAAAGAUUUGAAGUCUACUGCCCUACAAAAUAAAGGUUCUAUCAACCGCUGUCCUUCAAAUCGUCUACUGCUCUUCAAAAUAAGAGAUCUGCCUUCUGAUGCCCUUCAAAAUAAAUGAUCUUUCGUCCGCUGCCCUCCAAGUUAGAAGUUAUUUAAUUUGCACCCCCUUCAAAGUAAGAAAUCUGUCAUCUGCUGCUCUUCAAAAUAUUAGAUCUUUCUUCAAAAUAAAAGAUCUGUUGUCUACUAUCCUUUAAAAUACAAGAUAUGUUGACUGCUUACAUUAAAAAUUCAACUUCUGUCCUCUGCAUCCUUCAAAAUAAAAGAUUUGUGGUCUUCUGCCCAUCAAAAUAAAAGCUCUGCCGUCAACUCCCCUUCAAAAAAUAAGAUUUGUAGUCUGCUUCUUUUCAAAAUAAGAGUUCUGUCCUCUUCUGCCCUUUAUAAUGUAAAUAUCUGUAGUCUGCUGCCUUUCAAAAUAAAAGAUCUGUACACAUACA